GCGAGGGAGGGGAGGCGGGGAUCGCAGCUAGGCCAGGCCGCGGCCGGGCCGCCAGCAUGUCGGGCCGGGUGAGCGGCGCGCCGGCCGCGGCCUCGGCCAAGGAGAAGCGCUCCUUCAGCAAGCGGCUGCUGUUCCGCGGGCGGGGGCCGGGCGGCGGCGGCGGCGGGGGCUCCGGGGCGCGCUCGCUGGGCGGCUUCAUGAGCCGCGUGCUGAAGACGCUCUCGACGCUCUCGCACCUGGGCUCCGAGCACGGGACCCCGGCCGCCGCCCCCGCUCCCGCCGCCCCGGCCCUCGCCCCCGCCCGGCCCUCGCCGCCGCCCGGCCCCGCCGCCCCCGCCCGCUGCCUGCAGCCCCGCCCGGAGCCCGAGCCCGAGCCGCCGCCGCCCUCCUGCUCGCUGCCGGUGCCCGGCGUGGCGGGCCUGCGCAACCACGGCAACACCUGCUUCAUGAACGCCGUCCUGCAGUGCCUCAGCAACACCGAGCUCUUCGCCGAGUUCCUGGCCCUCGAGCACUACCGGCGCGCCCCGCCGCCGGACCGGGACCGGGAGCAGGACCAGGACCGGGAGCCGCGCCCCGAGGGGCCCCGGCGCGGCGCGGAGGGCGAGGCGGCGGCGGCGGCGCAGGGGGAGGUGACGGAGCAGCUGGCCCAGCUCGUGCGCGCCCUCUGGACCCUCGAGUACACCCCGCAGCACAGCCGCCACUUCAAGAGCAUCAUUUCCAAAAAUGCAAUGCAGUAUCGUGGCAGCUCCCAGCACGAUGCUCAAGAGUUUCUGCUCUGGCUGCUAGACAGGGUCCACGAGGACCUCAACAACCUGGUGAAGAGCAAUGGCAGCCCUCCUCUGAAGCCUCCCUUAGAAGAGCACACGUUGAUCGAGGGACCAGCAUUUCCAGUGAACGGCUCUUUUGUCCAGGAGCUCUUUCAGGCCCAGUACAGAUCCUCUUUGACGUGUCCUCAUUGCCAGAAGCAAAGCAACACCUUUGAUCCAUUCCUGUGCAUCUCUUUGCCAAUCCCACUGCCUCACACACGGCCGCUGUAUGUCACUGUGGUGUACCGAGGGAAGUGCUCUCACUGCAUGCGCAUUGGGGUGGCCGUGCCUUUGUCUGGCACAGUGGCCAGUCUGAGAGAAGCCGUAGCCAGAGAAACCAAAAUCCCCUCCAAGCAGAUUGUGCUGACUGAGAUGUAUUAUGAUGGUUUCCAUCGCUCCUUUUCUGACACGGAUGACCUGGACAUGGUGCAAGAGAGUGACUGCAUCUUUGCCUUCGAGACCCCUGAGAUUUACUGGCCGGAGGGGAUCCUUAGCCAGAGAGGGAUCCACAUGAACAGUAACCUGAACCACUUGAAAUAUGGGGCUGACCAUCUCCGAACAUCUCCUUAUACUCAGGGGAGAAUGGAGAACCCCAGUGCCAGGGCGGCAGCCGGUGACGACAGGAUUGUGGUGCUGGUGUGCAAUCGAGCCUGCACAGGGCAGCAGGGAAAGAGGUUUGGCCAGCCCUUCGUGCUGCAUUUGGAGAAGACGGUUCCUUGGGAUGUCCUGCAGAAGGAGAUCUUGGAGAAGAUGCAGUAUUACUUGCGACCCUCGACCUGCAUUCAGGUGUGCCCCUUCAGCUUGCGCGUGGUGAGUGCUGUGGGUAUAACAUACCUUUUACCUCAGGAGGAACGACCCCUCUGCCACUUAAUGGUGGAACGGGCUCUGAAGUCGUGUGGUCAAGGCGGGGCUCCCCACGUGAAGCUCGUAGUGGAGUGGGACAAAGAGACGAGAGAUUAUUUGUUUGGCAACACUGAGGACGACUAUAUCCCUGAUGCGGAGAGCGUCCAUCAGCAGAGGGGGCUCCACCACCAGCCUCAGUGCUGCACCCUGGCUCAGUGUUUCCAGCUUUACACCAAAGAGGAGCAGUUGGCUCCGGAUGAUGCAUGGCGUUGCCCGCACUGUAAGCAGCUGCAGCAAGGAAGCAUCACCCUCAGCCUUUGGACGUUGCCCGAUGUCCUUAUCAUUCACUUGAAACGCUUUCGACAGGAAGGAGACAGGAGAAUGAAGCUGCAGAACAUGGUCCGAUUCCCCCUGACUGGCCUGGACAUGACACCACACGUGGUCAAACGGAGCCAGAGCAGCUGGAGCCUCCCGUCGCACUGGUCCCCCUGGAGGCGGUCUUGUGGCCUGGGCAGAGACCCCGAGGACUUCAUCUAUGACCUGUAUGCAGUGUGCAAUCACCAUGGCACCAUGCAGGGGGGGCACUACACAGCCUACUGCAAGAACUCCAUUGACGGCUUAUGGUACUGCUUUGACGACAGUGAUGUGCAGCAACUGCCUGAGAACGAGGUGUGCAAGCAGACAGCCUACAUCCUGUUUUAUCAGCGACGGACGGCCAUCCCUUCCUGGUCAGCAAACAGCUCGGUGGCAGGCUCCACAAGCUCCUCCUUAUGCGAACACUGGGUGAGUCGGCUCCCAGGCAGCAAACAGCCCAGCAUUGCUUCUGCUGCCUCUUCCAGGCGCACAUCUCUAGCUUCCCUCUCGGAAUCUGUGGAGCUCAUGGGGGAAAGGAGUGAGGAUGAUGGGGGUUUUUCAACACGGCCCUUUGUGAGGAGUGUUCAGCGUCAGAGUUUGUCCUCCCGGUCGUCAGUGACCAGUCCCCUGGCCGUGAGCGAGAAUGGGAUCCGCCCCUCCUGGUCCUUGUCGAUGAAGCUGCAGAUGCGCUCCAGCUCGCCCUCCCACUUCUCCGGGGACUCCCCUGUGCAUAGUUCAGCCUCCACCCUGGAGAGGAUUGGGGAGACUGCAGAUGACAAAGCCUCCACCUCGUGCUUUGGCAGUUUGCGGAGCCUUUCUGGCAGUGAAAGCAGCAGCCGGCAGGAGCACCGGGCGACAGGCAGGGCCCCCCUGGCGGUCAUGGAGGGGGUCUUCCGAGAUGAGGUUUCCGUGCAGAAGCCAAGCGUGAGCGCAGAGCCCUCUGGCAGAAACUCCUUGCUUGCUGACAGGGGCUACCCUGCCUUGGACACUUUGGAUAACAACAACCAGAUUGCUUUUGUGGAUCAGAGCGAUUCGGUUGAGAGUUCGCCCGUCAAGGAAGGGAGAAGCUUCAGUGGGCUGGGCCUGUCCCCAGCCAAGGCAGACGGCGCCCUGCAAAAGGCAGCAACUGCGGCUUCCAAAGACACCUUUGAGGCAGAUAAAAAUGUGAGGAAAGGAAGGGCACUUCUGUCUAGCCACGAGGCCCGGACGUCUCACCCGUCUGCUGCCUCGCCCCCUUCUUCCAAGAACUUGCCAAAGGUUUCCCGUUCACGGAGCAAGCUGGAUUCUUGCCGGGCAAGCGGGAGGCACAGCUCUCCUGCCUCCAGGCAUGCUCAAAAGGAAGCUGGUUCCAGGGCCCGAGACGGCGUUGCCAGUUGUGCUCAGCAAAAGCAGAAGUCUGCUUCCUCCUCUUCUGGUGCCCCUCGACGAAACUCUUCAGGACCAUCCGUGCGAGGGCCAGGCCCUGUGGGGAAAACCAGGACCGCCGACCGCAGCCUUAGCCGGGAAGGCUCCAAGCUCAGUCUUGGCUCAGAGAAGGCCAACGUGCCCAUGAGUUCACGCACGAGCUCCCCACGGAUAAGCCAGUCGAGAAGCGAGGGCCGGGCGUCGGAGAGCAAGCAUGUGCGCAGCUCCUCCAUGGCCAGCCUCCGGUCACCGUCUUCUGGUCCCCGGUCCAGCUUGAAGAGGGACAGCAAGUCAGAAGACAAAGGCCUGUCCUUCUUCAAGUCGGCCUUGCGCCAGAAAGAAACCCGGCGAUCAGCUGACCUGGGCAAGACCACUAUGUUGCCAAAGAAGAUGGCAUCCGCCUCUUCUAAGGCAGCGGGCAAAACUCUGCCGGCGGAGAAGCAGGAGAAGGGCCAGCUCCAGCCUCCCGCCAGCGCUGCCGCGAAGGAAGCCUCUCCGCCCAGACACUCGCUGCUCCUGCACCGCAAAUCCAAGUCUUCCCAGCUGGAGGCGGCCCCCCCCACCUUGCUGCCUGGCUGCAGCAAGAAGUCUGCCGACAGCAAGGCCUCCUCGCGCAAGCUCUCCUCCAGCAUGCCCUCCUCCGCAUGGCCGUCCUCGAAGUCUCCGUGAUGAGAUGCUGCGAGCCGCGGGUUUGGUUUUCUUCCAUCGAGAAGCACAUUGAUCGGCCGGAGCCCUGUUGGUUUUGCUUUUCUGUUCAUGUGCCUGAUGUCUGCGAGAGAAACGUGACUCCUGUCCAAGCGCCUUCAAACCAAAUAACUGCAGGCAGUAGCUGGCAUCCCCAGUGAGCCACGGGGCCACCAAAGUGUAUUUCUCCCCUUGUCCCCCAGCAGCAUCCAGGAGCCUUUUUAGGGACCCUCGCCACUCUCCCCUCCAGAGAGCCACUUGGGAGCGUGUAAAUGGCUUGCUGUGUUGAUGCGGCAGAACUUUGGGUCUGCCCUGGGCAGGCUGCAGCCGGGCUCUAAGAGUUACAAAACAAGAGCUGCAAAGGGAAACUGUGAAAGGCCAGACUCUGUUGCUUCAUUUGACUGCCCCCCCACCCCUCCCGCACUCCCAUUUUCCAGGCUUCUUAAAGGGCAAUAUCUCAACGCUAAUGUUGUGGUUUCUCAGGUAAAUGUUCAGCCAGUACUGGAGGGAAUGGAGGACUUUAGACAAAAGGGCAUUCUUCCUUGUAGAGGGGUGUGUAUGCGCGAGUGUGACCGUGUGUGUGUCUGUUGGAAAGGCCUGUGUUUGUGUUUGCUGCUUGUGUUUUUGUUCAUUCACUGCUCUUAGAAGUUGUCAUCUUGGGUUCCUGGUGGUCGUUUUAGAUUGGAGGUCCUCUCACCCCCUUAGCUUCCACACUGACUGACCAGUGGAGGGAGGGACCAUUGUGGGAUAGCCAGAUGUUUUCUCCAGGAGUCAUGGGGAGUUCCAGCAGGGCAAACCUGAGUGAAGGCUGCCACCCUCUCUGUUCUCCAGCCCCUCUGUUCCCUCUUGUGGAGUUCAGGUGCAGCGACCUGGCUGCCUUCCUCGCUGUGGGAGGAGGAGGAGCAGCAGCAUUUCCGCUCUGGUCCGUUCUUGCCGGUCUUUCCUGGUCAGUGCCUUCCUCCAGUCCUUUUGUUCUCACUCUUCUUCUUCUUCUGGCAACUUUGUUUUGUGUAGUUUUGGCAAUGAUUGGCCACUCCCAAAGGUGCUUUUUGGGCCGCAUCCCUAGCAAACACACCCCCAGCACUGUGGUUGGCCCUGGGGGAUCUCUCAGCCUCCUGUUUCUUGUGUUUUGGGCGGGAAUCUGCCGGGAGGGAUUUUUGCUCAUGCAUCACUGACGAGCUUCUGCUUUGUCAUUUUAGUGCUGCUUUGCAGAUGUGUUCUUUCCCUAAACGAUGUCAUCUUCCAGAUGUGUGGAACCGGCUUGUCCCUUGCAGUGCCUCUUUUGAGCACUGAGCAGCUGGGCUUCAGACCUCCUCAAUCAAUGCCGCAGCUUCCCGUUCUCGCCAUGCUACUUUGGAUCUGAUGCCUCGCUGCCGGCCUCUUUCCGGAACUGUUGAUUCUGCCCCACUACCAGAGCGCGUCUCCCCCUCUCUUCAUCACUGUGUACGCUGAAAGGAAGGGGCACCAGGAGCUGUUGCUCUGGAGCUGGCUGCUAGUGGGGCAGGCAAGGGCAUGUUUCCUGGCUAUUCAGCACCCAAGGGCAAAGUCUCUGCUGCGCUCCCAUGGAAAUGGCGCUCUUGAUUCCCCCUUCCGUCCUUGAGCUCAAUACUAUAAAUCUUACAGUCAGAAGGGUCCUUUAAGGCCAUCUAGACCAGCCCCUGCACGGUGCAGGACUGGGGGGGGCGGGGGGGGCAAGUGAAUCCGCCCCAGUCCGUGAGGAACGAGAGUCAGAUGGAGCAACCUGAGGUCUCUGUGGCUUGGCUGCUCUUGACUGCUGCCCGAGAGGGAAGCGGCUAGAUUGGGAAGGGGCCGUGACCUCCGACUUGGCUCUCUCCACCGGGUGGUGGAUUUUCCUUCAGCGAACAGAUCUCCUGGCAUUUGGGACAGGAAGUCGCCUUUGGGCCUUGACUCCUCAGUGCUGACGGUGCCUGAUCUCUCGGGCUGGGUGCCCUUUGCUCUCCCACCUGAGUCAGAAUCACAGGAAAGGCAAAGGCCUCUUCCGAAGAGGAAGGAGAUGGUGUCGGCCCGCAUCCUGUAGGCAGCCACGUCUGCUGUGUCGUGGAUGGGCCUCUUCUGUGCACAGCCAUGAGAUUGUCCUUUUACCUGCAGGAGAGGUGAAUUCACAUCCCACAAAGUAUCCUCCCCCCCCUCCCCGCACACACAUUGGGGACUAUAUUUUUGGCUAGUAUGAUUUAGGAGACAAAUUCCAGGAAUUUGUAUUAUGGAGGCACUUUGGACUUGGUGUUACUUCAUUUGCCAGACAAAGAAGUGCUGACAGCCACCCUGCUAGUCACUGUGAGGGGCGUCUCUCUUGAGUGACUUCCAGACCUGGACGUCUGUCGACCCCGGAGUGUUUAGGCACAGGGGCCCUCCGUGUCCCAGGCACUCUUAACCUUCUUCCUUGCGUGGCAGUUGCAGCGGGAAUUCUGCGUGGGGCCGGCAGCUCCCCUCCCCAACCCUGAAGGGAGCCUGCAUGGCCUCGAUCCCUCGCUGUCUCUCUCACCCCAACCCCAGCAUCCUCUUAACUAUGCAAACUGCUCUCAAGGGAGAUCCGCCUGCCCUGAUGGGACCGGGGUAGGGCUGGAGUCCUCAGUCCGCUCCUGUCCAGUGGGGCCAGUUCUUGGCAUUUGUUUGGGUGGAGUUCCUGCCUUGAAAUUUUGUUUGAUUUUUUUACGGCUUUUGUGUUGGAAUGAGAACAGCUAACUUCUUUGAGAAAAGGAGUGCCCAGCCAUAGAGGGAGCUUCUGGUGGGGAGGCUUCAGAUUCGGUCACGGAGGUGCCUCUUCCUCUCACUUCCCAUCCCAUCCCUCAGCGUUUUCGCUUCAGUCUGGGGGGGGGGGAGCCUUCUCCAGCCUUGAUCAUGUCCUGGCUUAAAAGAGGAGCUGGCCGCUGAGUGCCCAGGCUGGUCAGGAGCCUCCCUGGAAGGCCAGCCUGGUGGAACUUCGUUGCAAGUUAGGUUUGCCUUUUGCCCCACAUCUGCACACUCUCCCAGCAGCUGCAGCUUCUGCCCGAGGAAAGGUUUGCAUGAAACCCCUUCUGUGGAUUCUUGGACCUACCCAAAGCUCCACAGCAGCCCAUGUUUUGGAUGAACGUGGCAUUUCCAGUCAUGUGGACUGCGGCCCUCUUCAGAGAUUUGCUGUUACUUGCUAGUCUGUAGUUGCUUGGCAGGGGCCAACACGAUUGGAACGUUUGGUUUUAAUCAGUGGUGAGAUGAAAGCACCACGUGUGGGUUUUUUUCUUAAUUAAAAAUAUUCAUUAGUGUUGGCGGUUGGAUUUGGCAGAAUUAAGGGCCAAAUGGCAAUGCAUCACACAUUGUUUGUUGCUGUUGCGUUGCGCUAUCAGCCAACGCAGUUUCGAAUGUCGGGGGCACGAGUUCUUCUUAGUGCCCCAGGCUGGUUCUCAGUAGGAAAGAGACUGAUAUAGCUGCUGCCAAAGGCAACGUGGAACCUGGUCCAGGAGUUCUGGUUGUGCCAAAUGUAGCACCUUCUGCCACUGGCCCGAGAAAGUCCUGAGGUUUUCAGGGCAUUACGCUCAGAGGCUGCUAACAAAGCAUGUCUCACCUUUCAUUGAAAGGGAAUUUUCAGUCCUGUUCCUGAAACACUGGGAUUGCUUUCCUGUAUGAAGAACUGCCGCUGACAUUACUGGAUCUUUCCUCUUCUCCCCCCAAGCUCCCUUUCUGCUGCCAGAAUUAAAGAAGGUGGAGGGAGGGGUAACUAAACACUACUCUGGGAAGAGAGGAGGCGUUUCUCUUGGGGCUGAACUGUUGUACCAUAAAGGAUUUUAACUUAUUUGAGGGCAAGUGCAUGAGACUGUCAAGACCUUUUAUUUAUUUGUACGCACUUUUAAUAUGCAGAAUUUAUAUUUUUAUGUUUUAAAAAUCAUUUUCUUUCAGAAAGAGAGUUUGGAUACAAGGGUAUUGGAUGAUUAAAAGUGGAAAAUGUAAUAAAGUACAUUACGUUUA